GGAUUAUGUAGUUAUUUCUAAUGUAUCUUGAUUUCUUUAAUUUUUUAUGAAUAUCAUCCCUAACUUCUGGGUGAAACUGCAGGAAACUCAUUAGAAUCGAUUCCAAAAACCCACUUAAUUCGGUUACCAAACACAAAUACUUUCAGGAAACUCAGCAGAUGUCAUUUUGUUAAACCUAUUCAAACGGGGUCGUAAAUAUUUACUUAUAUUCUUUGUGUGAAUUAAAGGAUUAACGGAAAAGUAGAAGUGCAGCGUUUUCAUUGCAAUCCAUCUUUAUGAUGAUCAGAGCUCCUCCUUAUCGUCCUUUGUCAAGCUACCUUCAUCCAAAAACCUCUCCAAGAUUGGUUGCAAAAAUGUUGGGAUUUGGCACAAACAAUAAUAUUGGAAGAGCUGUUGAGUGUAUGGCAGUGAAACCACCUGCUCACCCUACAUAUGAUUUGAAGGGGGUUAUUCAACUUGCCCUUUCUGAAGAUGCUGGGGAUAAAGGAGAUGUGACUUGUAAAGCAACGAUUCCGGCUGAUGUGGAGGCGGAAGCUCACUUUCUGGCUAAGGAGGAUGGGAUCAUAGCGGGGAUUGCGCUUGCUGAAAUGGUAUUCAGUGAAGUUGACCCUACAUUGCAGGUGGUGUGGUCUAUAAAGGAUGGCGAUGAAGUGAAUAAAGGCCUACAAUUUGGCAAAGUGCAUGGAAAGGCGUAUAGCAUCAUUGUUGCGGAAAGGGUUGCACUUAAUUUUAUGCAGAGAAUGAGUGGAAUCGCUACACUGACUAAGGCAAUGGCAGAUGCUGCACGUCCUGCAUCUAUCUUGGAGACAAGAAAAACUGCUCCUUGUUUGCGUUUAAUCGAUAAGUGGGCGGUAUUAAUUGGCGGUGGCCAAAAUCAUAGAAUGGGUUUGUUUGAUAUGGUGAUGAUAAAAGACAAUCAUAUAUCAGCAGCAGGAGGUGUUAAUGAAGCUUUAAAAUCUGUUGACAUGUAUCUGGACCAAAAUAACCUUCAAAUGGGGGUUGAGAUUGAAACAAGAACACUUGAAGAAGUAGACGAGGUGCUACAAUAUGCAUCCAGAACACCAAAGACAUCAUUGAGUAGAUUAAUGUUGGACAAUAUGGUCGUUCCGCUUCCUAAUGGAGAUGUUGAUGUCUCGAUGCUCAAGAAGGCUGUUAGUUUGAUCAAUGGGAGAUUUGAGACCGAGGCUUCUGGAAAUGUUACACUUCAGACAGUGCAUUUGAUUGGGCAAACUGGUGUCACUUAUAUAUCCAGUGGAGCACUGACGCAUUCUGUGAAGGCGCUUGACAUUUCCCUGAAGAUUGAUACAGAGCUUGCUCUCAAAGUAGGAAGGCGGACAAAGCGGGCAUGAUGGUCAUCCUUUUCAAUGGACUUAAUUAUUAACCUUUUGAGGUCAUCUGCUAGUUCUUAGCCCUAAUCCAGACCGUGACAUUGAAUUGAGAUGUUAUUUUCCCUAUUACUCCGUAUUAUAUACGGGGUUUGAAGCCAUAUUCUUGCCAGGGAAAAAAAUAGGGAACUUGGCUUAAAUUUUCUCUUCCCUAGAGUCUCAUUGUGGGAACUUUUUGUGGUGAUGGUGAUGGAUUGUAGGAACAUAGCAUCCAUGACUAGAUUGCAACUGCCAACAUUUUUUGAAAUAAGAAGCAACCAACGGGACAGGACUGAGAGAUGGAUGUAAGGAACUCUAGGGUGGACCCAAUCCUGAAACCGGACUCGACUGGGAGGGUAAAGAAUUAAACCGGUUCCCCACUUUUAGGAGGUGUUUACUUCACUGCUAAAGUCACAGUUAGGUUAGUAAGACAGGUGAAGUAAACACGCACACUGCUUAAAAAGCCGCUUACUAACCGAAAGAGGUGCUUAAAGUGCCGCUUAUUAAGCAUACCACCUAGGGAUGGCAAUUUAACCCGACCCGAUGGAUACCCGCACCGAACCGAACCGGUCAAAAUGGGGAAAACCGUUUUGACUGGGUAACGGGUACGGGGCGGGGAAUACCCGAUUUAUGUAAACGGGUAAUGGGGCGGUUAUGGGUUUAUACCUACCCGCCCCGUUACCCGCCCCGUUACCCGCCCCGUUUAAUUUGGAUACGGUUACCCGCACCAUUACCCGACCCGCACAAUUAACUUAUAUAUUUUAAUAGUUUAUGUAUUUAUUAUUUAAUAUAUUAAGUAUAUAUGAAUAUUAAUACAUUAGUAUAUGACACUUAUUCUCUCUAGUACUUUGAAACAAUAUUCAACUUAUCGGCUAUCCUUUGCAAUUCUG